AAUCCUUUUGCGAAUUGAAUUGUUGUUGCCAAAAAGAUAACAAAAAGAAAAACAUAUACAAAUUAAAAAAAAAGAAGAAAAUAAUUAGAAGAAAAUGGACCGCUAUGCGGUAAAAUCGAUGGUGGGUCAAGGCUCAUUUGGUUGUGUGUACAAGGCAGAGCGACGAAAGGACAAAAAAGUGGUGGCCAUUAAGAUGAUAUCAAAAAGAGGCCGCUCCGAGCGUGAACUAAAGAAUCUGAGACGAGAAUGUGAUAUACCAGCGCGUCUGAAGCAUCCGCAUGUCAUCGAAAUGCUUGAAUCCUUUGAAUCGAAAUCUGAUUUAUUUGUGGUCACGGAAUUCGCCAUUACUGACCUGCAUCGGUAUCUGUCUCGACAUGGAUCUCUGCCCGAAACGGAGGCAAGUCGUGUGAUAUCUCAUUUGGUUUCCGCUCUCUAUUAUUUGCAUUCCCACCGCAUUUUGCAUCGCGAUCUGAAGCCACAAAAUGUUUUAUUGGAUGAGCAGAUGAAUGCGAAAUUAUGCGAUUUUGGUUUGGCUAGAAAUAUGACAAUGGGGACCCAUGUGCUGACCUCCAUUAAGGGGACACCGCUCUAUAUGGCACCCGAACUACUGGCCGAGCAACCGUAUAAUCAUCAGGCGGAUAUUUGGUCACUGGGCUGCAUAGCCUAUGAGAGUAUGGCGGGUCAGCCACCAUUUUGUGCCACCUCCAUACUGCAUUUAGUGAAAAUGAUUAAGCACGAGGAUGUCAAAUGGCCAAGCACAUUGGGCAGUGAAUGCAGAUCUUUCCUGCAGGGACUGCUGGAGAAGGAUCCCAAUAUGCGCAUGCCAUGGAAACAAUUGCUAUGCCAUCCAUUUAUCGAAGGCAAAUUGUAUAUAGCCGAAGUUCAAGCGGAGCUGGCCCAACAAUCACCCUUUAUCAAUCCCCCACGGCAAACUAAAGACCAUAAAGUGGCUCCCACAAAAUCGUCCAGUGAGACUUGUACAGCGGAUUUAGUUGAUGUUCUGGCUGCCCUUAAGCUAAGCGAUGCGGCAGCUGCUGCUGUGAUUAACGAGAACCUUAGUACUUCCCGAGAUAGCAUCAAUGCUAUAGCUCCCAGUGAUAUAGAACAACUUGAAACUGACAUCGAGGAUAACAUGGCGCCUCGUGUUAUUGUUCCAUUUGCUGAGAACUCGCUGAGGGAGUUGCCAGUGCCAAGUGCGAUUUGCGCUGGAGCAGCACCAGCCCCAUUGAUUAAUUCUCAAACCUGCUUCAUCAGUGGCAACUCCAACAUGAUACUCAAUCAUCUCAAUGACAAUUUUCCAGUAGAGCAUCCAACAAUGGUAAAGGGUGCCAUAAAGCUGAAGCCAAAUGCACCUGUUGCUGCUGCUGCUCCUGCUUCAUCGGUGAAUUUAAAGCAGACGCGUAGUAAGGAUCUAGAAAAGCGCAAGUUGAGCCAAAAUCUGGAUAAUUUUUCACUGCGCUUGGGUCAGAGCAUCGAUGUAGAUGUUCAGCGUAAGACAACAGAGAUGUUGACACAGGAUAGAAAGCCUAGGGACAGGGAGCAGCUUAAGCAAUCGAUGCAUUCAACGCAGGACGAUAAACUUAGCAAUGACAAUACUCCACCAUGCUUGUUGCCCGGUUGGGAUAGUUGCGAUGAGUCACAGAGUCCACCCAUUGAGAAUGAUGAAUGGUUGGCAUUCCUAAAUCGUUCCACGCAGGAACUACUUGAUGGCGAAUUCGAUUCAUUGAAGCAACAUAAUUUGGUCAGUAUUAUUGUGGCACCUUUGCGCAACUCAAAGGCCAUUCCAUCGGUUUUGCACAGUGUGGCGCAAUUGCUAUCGUUGCCAUUUGUGUUAGCCGAACCGCAUUUAGUGCUCGAUGCCAUUAAAAGCGUCUAUAUAGAUGUUAAAUUGGUGCCCAAUCUAAUGUAUGCCUGCAAAUUGCUUUUAUCGCAAAAACACUUAAACGAUUCAUUAACAAUUGGCGCUGGCAACUCAUUGAGUCGCACUCUGCGUAGCAUUGAUGAACUAAAUGCCGAGGAAAUGAAUACGGCCUGCAGUCUAUAUGAAUUGGUCUGUCAUUUGGCCCAUCAGCAACAACAGUUUCUAAGUCAAUUCUGUGAUGCUGUCGCCAUUUUGGCCGUAAACGAUUUGUUCAUUAAUAUCCUAACCCAUGAUUUUAAGCACUCGUCAGCCGUUCGCCUGGCCAGCUGCAUGUUGGCCCUAUUCUGUUGUGUGCUUCGUGAGCUACCCGAAAACGCUGAGCUAGUGGAGAAGAUCAUAUUCAAUCCCCGUUUGCAUUUAUCAGCUCUACUGCAGAGUCAACAUCAAUUGCUGCGUCAAAGGUCGUGCCAGCUAUUGCGUCUGUUGGCUCGUUUCAGUCUACGCGGUGUCCAAUGCAUUUGGUCGACGGAUUUGAAAUGUGCUCUUCAAUCCUUGGCCGAAGAACAUAGUUGUCCACCGCUGCGUCUGGAGGCUGCCCAAACCCUGGACGAACUAAGUCAAUUUAGUUUUUUUCUAGCCUAACAGCAAACAAAUCAAAUCGAAUCACACAUUGCAUCGCAUCGCAUCGUAUCGAAUCUCAUAAGUUCUGAUUAUUAUUCUUACUUAAUCUCUAACCGAAAAGAUCUUGCAAAUUGUUUUGAAAAUAGUCUAAU